UUUAUUUAGUCCAUCAUGAUAUCGAUGUCGUGCGUGAAAAAUACCCUCCUUAAAGGACUUCCUAGCUCUUGGAGAUCAAUACUUUAUUUUUAAAUGUUAAUUAAAAGAAAGACUUAGAAUUAAGAUUUUUUAAAAAUAAAUUCACUUAUUAUUACGUGCCAUAGUUAAAAGUUAAAACCUAAACCUCACACUACAGCCUAAAAAAGACCCAGCUCUUCCACGAAAAGAUGUUACGCUGUAUAAGCGCUGUCGUUUCCAAUCGUGGAUUCUUACGAGCUCGUCUUCUUUCUUCAUAUACAAGACCACACAGUUCAGCUCAGGACCUCUACUUGUACGAGUUCAACCAGAAGAUCUCUAAUUUGGCUAAAAAUGGUCGAAUUGAUGAAGCAAGAGCAUUGUUUGAUCAAAUGGAGGAAACUAAUACGGUUUCAUGGAACGCAAUUAUAAGGGGCUAUGUGAAACGUAGAGAAAUUGCUGAAGCAAGGAAACUGUUCGAUGAGAUGCCUCAAAGAGACGUUGUUUCAUGGAACUUAAUGAUUUGGGGGUAUGUUUCGUGUCAUGGGAUCAGGUUCUUAAAAGAAGGGAGAAACUUGUUUGAUAGAAUGCCGGAGAGGGAUAUUGUAUCCUGGAAUAUGAUGAUUAGUGGGUAUGCGAAGAAUGGGAGAAUGGAUGAGGCGUUGAGGAUAUUUAAAUUGAUGCCGGAGGGGGAUGUUGUGUCUUGGAAUGCUAUUGUUACUGGGUUUUUGCAGAAUGGUGACGUGGCUCGUGCAAUUGAGUAUUUUGAGAGAAUGCCGGAGAGGGAUGCUGCGUCGCUUAGUGCGCUUGUGUCUGGUCUUAUUCGGAAUGGGGAAUUGGACGAGGCCGCGAGAGUGGUGGUUAGGUUUGAGAGAGAUGGUGGUAGGAAAGAGAAUUUGUUGCAAGCUUAUAAUACUCUGAUUGCGGGGUAUGGUAGGAGAGACAGGGUUGAUGAAGCUCGGAAACUCUUUGAUCAAGUACCGUUUUGCGAUGGCAAGGGAAAAGGAGGAGAUGGAAGGUUGAGGAGGGAUGUGGUGUCAUGGAAUACGAUGAUCAUGUGCUAUGUUAAGGCAGGAAAUAUUGUUUCUGCUAGGGAACUCUUUGACCAAAUGAUGGAACGAGAUACCAUUUCUUGGAAUACCAUGAUUAGUGGCUAUGUUAACAAGUUAGAUAUGGACGAAGCCUCCAGACUUUUUUGUGAAAUGCCAAAUCCUGAUAUUUUUUCGUGGAAUACGAUGAUUGCAGGGCAUGCUCAGAUUGGUGAUUUGGAUCGUGUUAAUGAUUUUUUUCGGAGGAUGCCCCAAAAGAACUUGGUGUCAUGGAACUCUAUGAUAACAGGAUAUGAGAAAAAUGAUGAUUACAUUGGAGCAAUCAAGAUCUUCAUUCAGAUGCAAGUUGAAGGAGAGAAACCUGACCGGCAUACCUUAUCUUCGGUUCUUAGUGUGUCUGCUGGGAUAGUGGAUCUUCAACUGGGAAUGCAGAUCCAUCAGCUGGUAACAAAGACAGUUAUACCAGAUGUGCCGAUAAAAAAUGCCCUCAUUACCAUGUACUCAAGAUGUGGCGCAAUAAUCGAGGCAGGGACAAUUUUUGAUGAGGUGAAACUGCAAAAAGAAGUAAUUUCUUGGAAUGCAAUGAUUGGAGGAUAUGCUUCUCAUGGUUAUGCUAUGGAGGCUCUGGAAGUUUUCAAAUUGAUGAAAAGUUUUGAUGUGCGACCUACUCAUAUAACAUUUAUUUCAGUUUUGCAUGCCUGUGCUCAUGCGGGACUAGUCGAAGAAGGUCGAGUGAUAUUUGACUCCAUGGCUGGUGAAUUUGGAAUUGAUCCGAGUGUUGAGCAUUAUGCCUCACUGGUGGACAUCAUGAGCCGUCAUGGGCAGCUGGAACAGGCACUGGAUUUGAUCAAUAGCAUGCCAUUUGAACCAAAUAAGGCUGUUUGGGGUGCAUUACUGAGUGCUGCUAAGGUGCAUAACAGAAUAGAGGUGGCCCGAGUUGCUGCUGAAGCAUUGAUAAGACUUGAGCCUGACAGUUCGGCACCAUAUGUCUUGCUAUACAAUAUGUAUGCUGAUGUAGGGCAAUGGGACAGUGCAGCAGAAGUGAGAAUAAUGAUGGAAAGGAGUAAUAUCAAGAAGCAAGCAGCAUAUAGCUGGGUGGAUUCCUCCCAUAGGUGAUUUUUAAUAUGUGCCUUCUGCAUGAAGUCACCAAUUGGAUGGCUGCACUUGUUAAUUUUCAGCUUCAGGCAUCGACACGCUGCCACGCAGUAAGGUUAAGAGCAUUCAACUAGAUUUCCAUGUAUCUGCAGGCUCUCAGGCAGAGGAAAACAGAAACUGGAAAUUUAAGUUAUUUGAACAGAACGGUGGUUUUCCCCGGAAGGAAAAGGCCAGCUGUGAAUUAACCGGUGAUCGCUUGCUUCAAUCCUUGAGAAGGACCA